UCACAAGUAGAGGUCGAGGAUGACCAAGAAGUGAACCUCUCAGAAACCAUUCCACAGUUGCAAGCAUUGAUCGACAGGAGCGAUAACAGCAAGGAACUAGAGCAAGAGAUCAAGGUAUUGUUCAUGAGAGGGUAUUGGAAUGGAUUCUAUGCCGGGUUUGAG